AUGUCGGAGUACUCCCAGGCUAGCAGACAACCCCGGUUACUAACAACGAAUCAUAGAGGGAUGAAAGAAGACAUCAACCUGCAUGGCAACGAAUUGAAUUACAUGACCGCGGUAUUCUGGACCUCCUAUUGCAAUACCGGCCUGCUAGGGCUAACGCGCACACCAAUUAACAUUGCGUUGCCAACCCUGGAGAUCGGAUGGGACUCUUCGCGUUCGGCUGUGCUUGGGCGCAGAAUGCAGAAUCCGAAUACGAUAUACGCAAUGCGCUUCUUCAUCGGGAUCUGCGAGUCUUGCUCCUUCACCGGCGUCAAGUAUGUCAUCGGGUCGUGGUACAAGCCCGGCGAGGUGACGCGUCGGGUUGCGCUUUUUCUUUGUCGCUUCUCCACUUGGGACUAUGUUCGCGGGUUACUUGCAGGCUGCUGCUUCUACGAAUUUGAAGGGAAGCAUGGAUUGCCUGGGACGUAUUUGACUCCAAUAAUGUAUGAAGGACUUUGUCCUUGGCACUGA